UCGCAAAGCCUUGUCCUUCCCUUCGUCCUGAAAAAGAGCAGGGCAAAACCUCAAUUCCACAUUCGGCUGGCCCGAGUUCACCAUGUUCACAUGUUCAGCUUCAUUUCAGGUCUUUGCAGGUGCACCCGUUACACACUGCUGAGAUCACAUUCAACCACUGCAUCCCUCCACCAGGGUGUUCCUGGUUCAUUAUGGAAGCUGGGAAGGCUGAACCACAUUGCCAUUGCCGUCCCAGACAUGGAGAAGGCCACGGCUCUGUACCGAGACACACUGGGGGCCACGGUCAGCGAAAAGGUGCCGCUUCCUGAGCAUGGGGUGUACACAGUGUUUGUAGAGCUUGGAAACACUAAGCUGGAGCUGCUCCAUCCUCUGGGGGAGAAGAGCCCAAUUUCUGGCUUCCUACAGAAGAAUAAAGCUGGAGGGAUGCACCACAUUUGCAUUGAGGUCGACGACAUCGAUGCCGCGAUAGCGGACCUGAAGGCGAGGAACAUCAGAACCCUGUCCGCGGAGCCUCGGAUAGGCGCUCACGGCAAGCCGGUGAUGUUUCUCCACCCUAAAGACUGUGACGGCGUGCUUGUGGAGCUGGAAGAGGCCUAAUCGUCUCGCCGGCCGGGACCAGGAGUCGUUAACUGACAUUUGCGUACUGUACGACUGGGACCGUAAUUACCGCGAAAUUAUUACAACGUUACUUUGUGAUCAUUUUCCUCAGCGCACGGUGGGGUCUGAUCUCGGCCUUUUUAGAGGGUUGCCUCGGGUUUUGCUUCAACUCGCUGUGUUUGUUUUGAAUAAAUUGGGGUAUAUUAUGCAUCCCCUGCUU